AAAAUGUUUCUAUCAGUCAGUCAUACGAAGUCAUAGAAAAAGCUUGUUAGGCGCUUUAGAAUUGGCCAAACUCUCGAAUAUUCGUGUUACGAAGUAAUAACGUUGGUACGAUAAUAUAAAUUAGAGAAGAACGUGGUAGUACAUAUCUAGCGACCUUCGACCUGCUGUCUCGAUUCACUCAACCUUAAAAGCAACGAGAAGCUUUCAAAGCGAGAACGUUCGUGUCUUCUCGUAAAUCUUACGAACAACCGAACCGAUUUUGAAGAGAAAGAGAAAGAGAAAGAGAAAGAAAGAGAGAGAGAGAGAGAGAGAGAGAGAGAGAGAGAGAGAGAGAGAGAGAUAGAAAGAUAGAGAGAAAACGGAUUAUUUACUACAAGUGACAAGUUCAUCAGAACUUUGUGAAAACGCGUCUUUAAUACUCGAGCAUCAAACGAAUAGAUCAAGUUAAUACAAAACUGUUAAGUGUCAAUUGAAAUUGUUUGUCGAUUUGAUAAUUAAUUUCUAUCCGUCAUGGUGGGUCAGUUCACCAGGAGACAAUGGCUAACUCUCAUAGUGAUCAGUAUCGCGGAUUUUGCUAAUGCCAUCUGCGUAUCUCUUCAAGCACCUUUCUAUCCUCAAGAGGCUGAGAAAAAAGGUGCCUCACCAACCGAAUAUGGAUUGGUCUUUGGUGUUUUCGAGCUUGUGGUUUUCAUCAUCAGUCCUAUUUAUGGGAAACACUUAAACUGGAUCGGUCCGAAGUUGUUAUUCAAUGGCGGUAUCUUGACGACAGGAACUUGUGCUAUCUUUUUCGGUCUGCUGGAUAAGGUCGACGGUCACUAUCCAUUUAUAAUCCUCUCCUUCUUGAUUAGGAUUGUCGAGGCACUUGGGAACGCCGCAUUUCUAACUGCCAGUUUUGCGAUUAUCGCUAAAGAAUUUCCGAAUAAUGUUGCGACGACAUUUGCUAGCUUGGAAACAUUCUUUGGUUUGGGACUUAUUGUUGGUCCUACAGUUGGUGGUGCUCUUUAUCAGGCCGGUGGUUACACAACACCAUUUGUUGUACUGGGUUCGGCACUCUUUUUAUCAGCUGUCAUGACAGCAUUCAUCCUACCAAUGCAUAAUAAUCGUGAACAGGAUGCACAAAACGCCGGAGGUGUUUCGAAGGUUCUAAGGAUUCCAGGAGUUUUAGUAGCAACCUUGUCGAUAAUUGCAACUAGUAUGAGUAUAGGAUUCUUACAGGCAACAUUGGAACCACAUUUACGUCAGUUCAGUUUGAGUCCCGUAGUUUUGGGCUUGAUGUUUGUUAUCAAUGGUGGCACUUAUGCUCUUACUGCUCCAAUCUGGGGUUGGUUUUGUGACAAAUAUUCACAUCCAAAAGUGGCAACAGUCGUAGGAUGUAUUCUCGUUGCUAUUGCAUUCUCUUUGGUAGGACCUGCACCCUUUAUACCAUAUCCUACAUUGGUUUGGAUGACAAUUUGUGGACUCGUUAUACAUGGUUUAGGAAUGUCUGCUCAAUUGGUUGCUAGUUUCACGGAUGCUCUAAGAACAUGCAUAUCUUAUGGAUUUCCAAAUAAUCUUGAAACUUAUGGUUUGAUCAGUGGUCUUUGGACAAGUACUUUCGCAUUGGGAGCCUUUAUUGGUCCCAGUGUUGCUGGUAUUCUUUUAGAUAACAUUGGAUUUAGAAACGCUUCGAUGUUUAUUGUUAUUCUUCACUUGAUGAUUGCUAUAUUAGCUGCAGUGUUUCUUAGCAAUUGUUCGAAAGGACCGAAACCAUACACGGAAAUUGGCGUAGCCGAUGAUAUAAGAGUACCUUUGACGGACAGUGGUCGAUCGAAAAGUGGUAGCUAUCGUGUUGCUCGUGGUCAAAGCGUGCCGAUAGAUAGGCCGAAUGGCAUGAACUCGUUGAUAGCUUGCAACAGUUAUUCUAACAGGGCCGGCGCUUGGUCCAGAGCGUCUUACAGCGGACGAUAUUCUCAUAGUUAUGGCUCGAUCGAAAACAAACGAUAUCUUGAAUUGACUACGUGAUGACAUUUCCCGAAAAAAAAAGACAAACGAGAAAAAAAGAAAAAAAAAAAAGAAAAAAAAAAGAAAGAAGAAACGAAAAAGAAAGAAGAAACGAAAAAAAAAGAAGAAACGAAAAA